GGGGGGCGCCAGCGUCGCCGCCGUCCGUAUUGAUCCCGGCCCCGGCCGUCAGUCGUGCCCAGUCCGUGCCGCGCCGCGCUGUGCUGUGUCUCGUCGGUGUGCUCUUCGGUGCCCGUGCCCGUGACUUCGGCUUCGCGAUGGCUGCGCCUGCAGCAUGCACCCGCUUUAGUGAUAAUUACGACCUCCGAGAAGAAUUGGGAAAGGGUGCUUUUUCAGUCGUGCGGCGAUGUGUGCAAAAAGCAACCGGACUAGAAUUUGCAGCAAAAAUUAUUAACACAAAGAAACUUACUCCGAGAGACUUUCAAAAAUUAGAACGAGAAGCUCGCAUAUGUCGGAAGCUACAGCACCCAAAUAUUGUUCGUUUACACGAUAGUAUACAAGAAGAAAAUUGUCAUUUCUUAGUAUUCGAUUUCCUGAAAAUCUUCUAUUAGCCAGUAAAGCCAAGGGCGCCGCUGUCAAAUUAGCUGACUUCGGUUUGGCAAUCGAAGUGACGGGCGAUCAAAUAGCAUGGUUCGGUUUUGCCGGAACUCCUGGUUACCUCUCACCAGAAGUUCUAAAAAAGGAACCUUAUGGCAAACCCGUCGAUAUUUGGGCAUGUGGUGUUAUUCUGUAUAUUUUAUUAGUUGGUUACCCGCCAUUUUGGGACGAGGAUCAGCACCGGCUGUACUCUCAAAUAAAAAAUGGAGCCUACGACUAUCCUUCGCCAGAGUGGGACACCGUAACACCAGAAGCAAAAAACCUCAUCAAUCAAAUGCUAACAGUCAAUCCCGCAAAGCGAAUCACUGCCUUAGAAGCACUCAAACAUCCUUGGAUUUGUCAAAGAGAACGAGUGGCCUCCGUUGUUCAUAGACAAGAGACUGUUGAUUGCUUGAAGAAAUUCAAUGCUAGGCGUAAACUUAAAGGUGCAAUUUUGACGACAAUGCUGGCAACGCGGAACUUCUCCAAAUGUGGCCGAAGCAUUAUCACUAAGAAAGGGGACGGAUCUCAAGUCAAAGAAUCAACUGAUAGCAGUACAACGUUAGAGGACGAUGACUUAAAAGAUGGUUUUUCAAGUCGCCUUGACUGGUACUCAGCAACGGUGGUUCACCCUAACUACAGCACGUCGAUCAACUCUCCGCAUGCCUCUACCACUAGCCACUCGCCGCAAGCAACUAGUACUACAAGCUACUCGCCUCAACCUACUAGCGCCACUAGUUACUCACCACAACCCUCCAGCGCUACUUGCUGCUCGCCGCAACCCGGUAAUUGUGCCACUAAACAGCAUGAGCCGCCAAAGCCUCAUUUUAGCCACCGUGCUGUCUCCAACAAGUCAGAAGAAACGGAAAUCAGUUAUCAAAGGCUGAGAGCAGAUUCAUCAGAUAUGGAUGAGCUGAGAGUACUAUGUUCCAACAAGACCCUCUCCCAGUUAUCGUCAAAUAAUUCUUAUGGUUCUGCACGCAAGCAGGAAAUUAUUAAAAUGACCGAACAACUAAUCGAAGCUAUCAAUACAGGGGACUAUGAGGCCUAUACAAAAAUAUGUGACCCUCAUUUGACAGCUUUUGAGCCUGAAGCAUUAGGUAAUUUAGUGGAGGGAAUGGAAUUCCAUAAAUUUUACUUUGAAAACGUUGUAGGAAAAAACUGUAAGGCAAUCAACACUACUAUUCUAAAUCCAAAUGUACAUAUGUUGGGUGAGGAUGCAGCUUGUAUCGCCUAUGUAAGACUUACUCAGUACAUGGACAAGCAAGGGACAGCGCACAGUCAGCAGUGCGAGGAAACGAGGGUCUGGCACAAACGUGAUAACAAGUGGCAAAACGUCCACUUCCACCGCUCAGCAAAUUCGCCUUCAUUCUCAUUCGCUCCAUCAGCACACAAAUAAUAUGAGAUCAUGGCUCAUUUUCAUUGACGUUUAAAGACACUUACUUGUUUUAGGUCUAUCCUUUCGACUAGUUUCAAGACUAUUUCAAUUAUAUAAUUCAUUUACAUCUAUUUAUUGUACAUUUUUUCGCUGCAGAUGCUCUCUUUCCCCCUUUCAGCCACCUGUUCUGUUAUCUAAUGUAACCAUAUGUAAUAUAACCAUAUUUAUUUACAUUUAUGUACACAUAUGUUUGGAUGAAAACAGAAAUUCAUCGGUGAAUUAACCACUCGCACUUUAGACCACUAAUUCCUGCCUGUAGUGCCAUUUUGCUGUUCUUUUCAGAAAACAGAAGUACACAUCCAACUUGUGGCUACUGAAAUUAGGUAUAAAAAACUAAAAACCUUUUUUCAAAUAUUUAUGUCACACUGGGCAAAAGGAAGGAAGCUGUCCUCCCCCAGAAGUUAGUGGUGCUCCUCUCAAUCUAAGUUCAAAGAGAUUUUUUUCCUUUUGGGAGGCAGUAUUUGUAGAAGCCUGGUCCACCCUUUGCGCAGAAAAUUUUUAAUUCCACCCAUGCUAACUCAAAAUCAAACCAUAAACAAAAAUGUAAAAUAUUUGACUGAAAUGGAUAGUUUUAGGAACCUAAAAACGGUUUUGGGCCUAAUAUUACUUAUUGGUCUCUGAGUAUUUUAGUAGUAAAUUGGGAGAAUAGAAUAACUAUGAAUUUGCAAGGGAACGAAGAACGGUUUCAUGAAUUUCUGUAUUUAUUCAUAUUAUGAAAAUGCAACUGUGAUUUUGUUGUAGUUGUAUCUAGGUACGUUUGUAUGUAUAAAACAACUCACUCAUGACUACAUUUAUUAUACAUCAUUUUACUGCGGAUGUCUUUAUCUCUCCUCUGCCCAUCCGCGUUGUUGUUAUGUAUUGCUGUAAGAGGUUUUAAGUUAAGAUCAUUGUUUUUCAAACUUGUUUCUUGAUAUUGUUUAAGUUUAUCGUGUUCACAAAGACCAGAUUUGUAGGAGAGCCGGCCUCUCUCCGGAGCAUAGCCCGACAAAAUUAUGAUUGGAGAUGAGAAACUGUCUCUUCUUAAUGUCUGAUGUAGGAAAUUUCCAAAUCAUUUAUUCUUUGUUUACGCUGUUCCUCUUUGAGCUCUUGACUUGAUGUUUCAGGAAUUAAGAUAAUAUUUUACUAACUUUAGAGAAAUCGGUGUGAAAGCUUUGAAUUUUCAGGACCUUUUUUAUUGUUCCUGCAUAUCAAAUUUGUUACAAAAAGCAAAACUGAUUUGCUAAGUGUCUCUGGUUAAGUUUCAGCUGUUCGCUUGAGAGGAAAAGUGCUCUUAAUUCACAAAGUUAAUUAUUUAUAAUUUUAAAUCUCUUAGUGCCAUUUCCAAGAGUCUGAAGAGUGUUUUUGUGCUGAUACAAACAUGAGUUAUCAAAUUAUUUAACGGUUUUCUCUUUGUGCAAUUUGGAAGUUGUCUGUACAGCGCGUAUUCAGGGAAAGCUCUGUUUUCAAUUUCAUCUCCAAAACAUUAAAGUUAAUUCAACUGUGCAGCUACGUAAUAAGUGCCAUGAGUAUUGGUCGAAUCGAUGAAAUGAAAGUAUUAAAAUUGCUUCAAUUUUCUGGCAGAGCAAAUUGUGCCAGGGACUUUUUCACGCCUUUCAAUCAAUCAGUUAACGAAUUGCCGUUAAAAUGGAUUUUUCAAUUAUCUAUUAUUGUCGUUUUCAAAGAGCUGAGGCCACUUUAUUCAGCUACUAUGUGGCUGAUUGAUUUACUUAAGGCUAGAGUACCUUGUUCCAAUUUUUUUAUUCCUUUGGACGUUAACUUGUAUUGUGAUUCAAGUAAUACCGUGUAUUCGAGACUACUUUUAGUAACUUGAUGUGCGACUUUUCUGACACAUCCAAUCCUUGUACAUUUCUUUAUCUUUGUAAAUAUUUUUUUAAUGUAACUCUUUCCUCUUGGGUAUUUCUCUCUAUUUUUUAUUUAUGUGGAGUGUGCAACUCAAAAAUUUCAGUUGCAUUCAUUCCCAAAUUCUGUAUAAUUUUUUACCUCCUCUGUAUUGCCAGGUGUAUUAUUACUAGAUAUCACCCUGGAAUGCCUUCUGCAUCAGCCUCUUAGUGGAACUAGGUAUAUGAAGAUGAAACAUGAGUAUGCAACAAGAAGUUUCAUGCACUUUAUUCAUUUGCUGAGUUUUGUUGGGCGAUUAUCGUGUUUCCAAAGUUUUCAAGGUUUCGUCUGAAAGCGUAGCACCUUUAAGUAUAAUGAAAAAUACAGGCCCUCAAUAGACAUGUAGUAAACAUAUUUUCACGAAUUUCUGAGAGUCUCCACAUGUUGUAAUCCAUUGAUGGAAAAAAAAUGUUUUAACCAAACUCAAGAGCAAUGCUCACAAUGCUCAGAAUCUUUUCAAUGUUUUUCGCCGGCAACCAUUCCUAAUUUCUCUCCUAGUUUCAAGAUCAUUUAUUCCAAACUUGAUCAACUAAGAAUAUGAAUGACUCAUAAAAGAUUUUGAGGAUAGCUGAACUCCUCGAAGUACUUUUGAUAAAUUGGAUCACAUUUUGCAAUUAAGAACUAUAAUUUCUGGUUCAGUUUAGAAACAACGUAUGUGUCACUAGUUUUCCUAUGGGCAUAAGUGUUUUUAAAAAUGAGCUAGAAGUUAUGGUUCCGAACUGCAAAAUGUAGUCCAAUUAAUUGAUUAAUGAAUUCAAUGUACUUAAUUAAUUUAAUCGAUUAUCAUAAAAGUUCAUCUUGAAAAAUCUCUUAUGAUCCUUCUCAACAUUACCUCAUUUUGUUUCUCUUCAAGGGACACUCAAUCCCAGUUCCCACUUUUCACUGAUUUCAUCUGAACUGAUCUCAAUCUCGCCGAAAGUAUGCGCGCUGCAUUUGCUCAAGCUCUUUUCUUUUCUUUCAACGACAGCUUAACUUCAGCAUGCCUCAGAAAACUUGCCAUGAAGACUCAAACCUAGUAUUCUUAGCGAAUAAGAUGUAAAAGUUGACAAUUUUUAUCUUUAAUUUGAAUCAUUAACCAAACUUAUGCUAAGAACUAAAAAGAAUUAACUUAAUUAAAACCUAAUGAAACUAUUUGUUCAUUUUUACUAAGAGACUAGUUAAUCCUCUCGUGUUACUUUUUUCACUGUCUAGUUUUUACUUAUCAUUUUUGUAUACUGUGCAGCAUGUAAACCUCAUUUUUCUCCCUGUGUUUUGCUUUACUGGAAGUGUACAUUGACCGACCCUGUAUUUUCCUUCGAAAUGUUAUUGAAUUCAAAUUAUUUUAAAAACCUUGUAUCAUAGUUCUAUUGAUUUAUUGUUAACUCUGAGUUGUUUAUAAAUUUAAUUAUUUUGUUUUCUCUUUAUAAUUUUAUUUGGAUUUUUGUUGGAAUUUCCUUGGCUUGUUUUUGCUUAAGAUUUUGGUUGAUCCUCUAUUAUGCACAGAGCUUUUGUACCCUCCCUAAUCUUUCCUGUAGUUGUAUUUUCAAAAUUGAAAAUUACUUUAAUUCUCAACAUUCAUUGAAAAUCCCUCAGAAAGAGAAAAAAUAAAAGAAAGAAAACCCAGCCAAGCCCUAGGGUAUUCCCAAUACCAAGCAUGCAUAGUAACCAUGUUUUAGUGUCACUUUAGGAUUAUCUUUUUACUGUUGAGAGCUCUCAAGUUAACGGACUUUCUCAAGCAACACUUUGAUUUCAUUUGUUGCCCUAAAAUCAUGUAUUAGUAAUUUCAAAAUUGAAUUCAUUGCUACAUAUUUUAAGGUUAUCAUUAUUUUUCCCCGGUAAUUUCUCUUACAAUCAAAACUAGUAACCUAGGUGGGUGCAAAAGCUCUAAUAAUUUGUUGCAUUUGGAUGAGAGUUCAAGCCUGGAACCCAAGGCAUAGAAAUCUCACAACAGCUCUCGAAGAGGCCUAAAGUUUUUGUUUGACUCAUGAAUCCUGAUCUCUUAAAAUCUUAAUUUAAUCAGUUUUCUAAUGAUUCUUUGCAACCAGGAAGCCAAAUCAAUAAUUAAAUUUGCAAUUAGAUGAGGCCUGAUUUCCAGCUUCCUUUUCAAUUUUAAAGUUUUAUUAAAAAAAAAGAAAAAGGGUACAAUUGAAGAUCUAAGAUUAAUUCAUGGAUUUAAUACAAGCAGUUGAUAUUAAUGUCCAUCCAGUGGAAUAAGACGGUUUAUUUGGACUGUAUUAUCCAGAGUUAACCUAACUUCAUUGUACAUUGCCUAAUAUUUUUCUCAUGUUACUCUAUUUGGAAAAACUAACAAUAUUCUGCCUUGAAAUUUUGUGAGAAUUUCCUUUACAAUCUAGCGAAAAUUCAUAGAGAGUUUCAAGGCACUAUAUCAUUCAGUUUGGUAUUAAAAAACCUAACCUGAGAGGAAAUUAGACAACGAGUCUCAGGUCGAUUUUCAUCAAAUUCCUCCAUGCCACCUGCCCUCAGAUGAUUAGUACUCAAUCAAAUCUCUCAUUUCCAAUUCCUAAUUUCAUAUAUUCACCGCCCCCUAUAUCACUAUAACAUGACUCUGCAAUAUUGCUGCAACAUCUGGAGAAGGGGAGAAAUUAAAGAAAUUGUACAACAAGGCAGCGUUUCCAGACAUAGUCAGUUGAAUGCUUUAAAUCCUUAGGAGGGUGAAGGUCUACAAAUAAUUAUUGUUAAUCGUCUUACUUUUCAGGUGGAGCGCAAAAGUUGGGGGAAUUUGCGAUGAGAAUGUUUGAGUAUUAGAUCUUUUGUGGCUCAUGAAAUGCUAUAUCUCCAAGAAUUUGAACUCUCCAAUUUUUUGACUCAGUAAUUUAAGGCUGAAUUUGGCUUCAUCCUUGGGUGCCUUGGAGCUGAAUCUCUUGGAUAUAUUAAUUUUGUCAGACUAGACAAAGAAGGCAACUUCGUUUUAACACCUGCCUCUUGCCCUCUUUGUCAGACUCAAAAUUAAUUUUCUUUCUUGUCCCUAAAAACUGAUAUUUUAAGCAAACCGACCCAAUUGUACAUCUAGUCAUGUUUCUAUUAUUGUGUAAAAAUGAGAUAAUUUUAACCUGAAAGUAUAGUUUCCAUCAAUUCUAUGUUUGUAUGUAACAUAAUCGUCUUUCUCGCUCUCCUCAAGCUACAACACAUCUGUUUCUGGAUGUUUCUGGCAGGAACCUCAAAUGUUGCAGGACUUCACCGAAAGGUGAACAGAAUCCUUAUUUUUCAGUUUUGAGUUGAAUAAUUGUUCUGUCAAAUCCAACAACUGUGGCCUGCUUUUUUCUAAUCGCACUUCUAUUUUUAAUCUUACGGAGUGACUUUAUUGAAUUUUUACUAUGAUUAAUUAGGUGUCACAAGUUUUCAAAAUUUAUUUUGGAAAAUCAUUGAAUGAAAUCUGAUUCAUGUCCCUUAUAUAGCGGGGCUGCGAGUACUGAAAUUUACUUUUACAGCACAAAUCUCAAGUUAAAAGCCAUACAAACAAAACUUUUCGUAUUUUCACCUCAAGAAAGUUGUCUUUGUUAUCAUUGACUGUUUUUUCAAAAUUAUAUGAUAGCUGAUGUUGAAAAACAUGCAUCAGCACUGUUACAUUUCAAUGUCUUGACUAUUCUCUGGUUAAGGAAAACUGAGUAGCAUCUGAUUUAGUGGUCGUAUUGUUUGAUUAAUUGAAGUUGACUUUAAUCUCUUUUGAUAAACACAGUACAAUGAAUAAAAUGUAUUCAAGCUGUUUGGUUGGAUAGAAUCAUCAAAUGAUGUAGCUCCUGAAUUGUUCCAUUCUUUUGAAUUUUUUGACAGAAAUCUGAAAUGGAAUUUGAGAGAAUCGCGCAGAACAAUAGCAGUUACUUUCCUCAUCAAAUAUCCAAACAGGAAGAUACAAUUUUUAAAAUCAUUAAAACCAAUGUAUGAUCUUUGAUCGAAGUUGUCAGGAGUUUUUUUUUCCUUUUAACAGACAGCUUAUUCAAAGGUAGGCUACAUUUUAUUGUGCCUAGAACCUGCUCUCACAUUUUGUUUCAAUUAUGUUUAAUGAAUGAGCUCCUGUUUUUUAUUUUCACUUGGACGUCAAAUAAAAGAAAAGUUAUCUUUUUUUCUUUUUGCAAUGUAUAACAUGGAAGCAUGAUAAGAGGGAAAUUCAGUAAAAGGGAAAUGAACUCUCUUCUGUCUGCAUUUAUUUUCAAUUAAGCUGUUCCUGAUAAAGAAUCCUCUUUUUCCAAGUCAAGCUCUCAUCUUAUAUUGCACAAUUUCUUCCAGUAUAAAAGGAUUUCAAUGCAAAAUUGAAUCGUUCAGAAAAACAUAACUCUCAUAUUUAAUCAUUAUUCCUUUUAUUCCUGUAUGAAUAUGAAUUUAUGAUUCGAAACUAUUCCUCCCACAACUCUAUUAUUCUGUUAACGGAAGUUGAAUGUUGUUCAAGUUUCUUUGUACUUAAAUAGUUUCCCGUCUUAACUAAUCUAUCCUGUUCAGUUUUACAAUGUAUGUAACUAGAAUAAUAUACUGUUGCACCAAAAGAAAAAUUAAUUACUCUGUACCAAAGUUAUCUUUGAUUGUUCUCGUGUUCUCGUUUGCACCUUUUAAAGUACUACACUCGAAGGAUUUUUGCCUCGGGUAAUUAUGUAUUCAAAUGCAGUUCAAUUUCAUCUGCCUUUUUCAAUGAAAGUUUAAAUCAUCUGAGUUUUAAAUCCUCUUUCGUUUUCAACCACCCAGCAAUUCAUUCGCUCUCAUUAUUGAGAUUAAUAGCCUUUCAUCAAUUGUACGGAAAAAUAAUUUGAUCUAAUGCUUCUUGCUCUGCAAUUGAAGGCUGAAAGGAACAUCCGCUCAAAUAGCGGCAGAUAACUCAUGGUCUGAAAUUUGUUAACUUGAGUAAAUUAUAGCUGAACGGUGGUUUUUCUUUUUUUUAUUUGUAAGUCUUAUUUCUUCUCAAGUGUAUUCGAACAAGCCAAUCAUUUGUUAAUUUAUUGUACUUUUUAAGGAGACAUAUGCAAUGGAAGCUCUUUAUGUUACGGAAUCACAGAGAAAAAAUCUUAUUGCUUGUCUAAAUAAUAAACCUCAGCCCGUAAGUAAACCUCAAAGGAUCUUUAGAAUUCCUCCCUCAGAAAUUUUCUUCCACUGAAGCCAUUGAUUCUUUCUAGAGAGAAUGGAAGAUUUCGGUCAUUAAUAUCAAAUUUCAUCAUAAUUCAGUAAGAUAUCAUUAUAAUGACACCAGUUUUGUUCCAUUUUGUCAAGAAUUGGUGGUAUGAAUUUAAUAAAUUGGGACAGAGGCUUGGUAGAUUCAACCAAUUUUUUUUUUCUUUUUUACAUUUUCAAUAGAUUACUAGCGAUGGAAAAAUUGAUAAAUACCAUAUGUUUUAAAUUUUGUAAACUUAAUAUUCCACUUAAAAAUGACUAUUUUGUCAGAUAGGGAAAGUUCCUAGUGAUACUUGGGGAGUAUUUCUUUCUUCUUUUAAAGGUAAAGCUGAUCUGCGAAGUAAGCACCUUUCUGUCUCGUUUAACUCUAUGUAUUUCCAAUCCUUCAUUGAAAAAGGCUAUCUUUAUAAUGUGUACGCCUUGUAGCCCAAGUUUGAGGCCUAAAGAUUUUGCACUAAGUGUUAUUGAGUGACAAAGCGCGUAUUUAAACAAUCGUUAGAAUGUAAAAGCCUUUUUCUCUUGUUUUAUAUGAUCCCAAGUGGAGAAACACCAUUCAUCGUGAAACACUUUUACGGUGACUAAAGUACUAAUCUCUGUAAUCAUUAUAUGUGCGAGGCAAUUUAACUUGCUUGCGUUAGAAAUGAUUCUUCGCUUUAGAAAAAAAGUCAUUAGUUUUUGAAGUGAAAGUAAUGUGACACCCAAGCGCUGUUUAUUUUUUUACGACAAACAAAAACACCUGUGAAAAAAACAAAUCGUGGUUUCGUCUUUUAAAUGUUUUAAAAGUUUUAUUUUAGCUAACUAAAGUUUUUGAUUCACACGUGCCCUUCGAGUAGUUUUGAGGAUUAGAUUCAUAGAUACACUGUGAAAGUUAAAUUUCUCAUUUUCUAGGUGUACGUUUGUUCUACUGUUGUACUGAAGUUUGUACUCUCUCCACCCCAGGACCGGACUACUUUUAUACUAAACUUAGCAUGCAAACAAGAAAAUACCAAGCGUGUUUCUCUUUUCCCAAGUUGUAAUAUUAUCCAACUUUUUAUCUUUUCUAAUAUUUACAAUCAAUCACUCCAAAUGGAAAGGCUCAUUUCAUCAAUGUGCUAAAAAGAAAUCAAAAAAAUGAAAAAGAUAGUAUAUCCUCUGAUAAGGAAGAACAGUGCAUUAUGAAAACUCAUCAAUACAAUACAUAUUGUGAUGUUACGUUUUCCUCCUUUAGUAGUUUUUCUCCUUUUUUUUGUUCUUAACAAAUUAUCUAGAAUCUCAAGGGGUCAAAAUCAGUUACUACCUCGAAAAAUCCUUAAAAGUUUGGGUUUCUAAAAUGAAAGGAGUCAUCUUUGAAGAGAUUCAUCAUAAUUUCCUGGAGCCCAUAAAAAAAGCCCUCUGAGGCUACUCUCAAAUCUGUAACAGAAACUUCCCAAAUCCUCUGUGCUUCAGAUAGUAAAAUUUGGAUCAUUCAAAGCACAAAUCCAAUGAUUAGGCCAUGAAAUUUAAUCCCAAAACCCUUCUCCAUCCCUCCAAUCAUGUUCUUUUCCCACUCUUUUCUUUUUAAACUGAGUCUGAUCUCUCGAUUUUGGACCCUUCUAAAAAGGGCCUUCACAAGCCUUCUCGUCCUUUCAGUCCCUUCUUUCUUGCUUGCUAGUGAGUAAAAAUUAAUCUCGGUCCCCUUCUCAGAAAAAUCGAAAUGAGUGUUCAAACAAUGAUAAUUCAACACUUAACAUAAAGAUAAAAAAGUCUGUCUCUAAGUGUAGAACUUUGUAUUUUUUAACGCAAACGUAGUCUCUUUUGGUCUCCAAGUAUUAUUUGAUUUCCUCUAUGAUUUUAAUAUUUUCUGUGAAUAAGAUUUUGUAUAAUUUAUUUAAGUAUUUAAUAUGAAUUUAUAAAUGAAGAAAUGUCUUACGUUAUCUUAAUUAUGUAUGAAUAAGAUUUAAUCUUUUUGAAAAAAUUAAAAGAAAAAUACCCACAAUUUA